AAGUAAGUAUAUAAGGAAGGACAAAAAUACAAAAAUGAUACAACAUUAUGGAGUUUUCUGCCACAGUGAUCUUGGCAGGGCUAAUCUUAGCUCUGCUGUGGCUGUUUAGUGUAAAAAGAAGGAAGUAUCGUCUACCUCCAGGACCUGCUCCACUUCCUCUUCUGGGAAACCUGCCACAAAUAGACAAAAAUGUACCUUUUAAAAGCAUACUUAAGUUCAGUGAAACCUAUGGUCCUGUGAUGACACUGUACAUGGGCUGGCAGCAGACAGUGGUUCUGGUGGGGUAUGAUGCUGUGAAAGAAGCCUUGGUGGAUCAGGCAGAUGACUUCACAGGCAGAAUGCCCGUACCAUUUCUGUUCAAAGCUACCAAGGGCUAUGGUUUAGCAAUCAGUAAUGGGGAGCGCUGGCGCCAGCUGCGACGCUUCACACUUACAACCCUGAGAGACUUUGGGAUGGGACGCAAGGGGAUGGAAGAAUGGAUCCAAGAAGUCAGCGAACACUUGAGGGUUCACAUACGUACAUUUAAAGGUAAACCAUUUGACCCCCAAUUUGUGUUAAGCGGCACUGUUUCUAAUGUGAUCUGCUGCCUGGUUUUUGGGGAACGCUUCAGUUUUGAAGACAAGCAGUUCCUGCACCUUCUGACCAUCAUAACUAAGAUCUUAAGGUUCAACAGUACUCCUCUUGGUCAGAUGCACAACAUCUUUCCCUGGCUCAUGGAGCAUCUUCCUGGCUACCACCAAACUGUUUUUGGGCAUGCAGAGGAGGCCAGAGAUUUUAUCGAGAGGAAAAUCCAAGAGCACAAACAGACACUGGACCCCAGCUCCCCCAGAGACUACAUUGACUGCUUCCUCAUCAGAAUGAAUCAGGAAAAGGACAAUCCCUCAAGUGAGUUCAAUUAUGACAACUUGGUUUCUACUGUACUGAAUCUGUUUGUUGCUGGAACAGAGACCACCAGCUCCACCCUGAGAUAUGCUCUCACUGUGCUGAUUAAAUACCCCAAAAUACAGGAGAAAAUGCAGCAAGAGAUUGACACUGUAAUUGGAAAAGAUCGUUGUCCCAGGAUGCACGACAAGAAGUCCCUCCCAUUUUCAGAUGCUGUCAUCCAUGAGGUCCAACGUUUUCUUGACAUUGUGCCCUUCAGCAUACCUCACUACACACUGAAUGACAUAUCCUUCAGGGGUUAUACAAUCCCAAAGGACACUGUAAUUAUUCCUUUCUUGCACUCUGUGCUGAAAGAGGAAAAGCAAUGGGCCACUCCCAGGUUCUUCAAUCCCCAGCACUUCCUGGACCAUAACGGCAACUUCAAGAAAAAUCCUGCAUUCAUGCCAUUCUCUGCAGGGAAGAGAGCGUGUGUUGGCGAGUCUCUUGCUCGUAUGGAGCUUUUUAUCUUCGUAGUCUCACUGCUGCAGGAUUUCACCUUUUCCUGUGAAGGAGGCCCUGACAGUGUAGACCUCGAUCCAGAGUACAGCAGCUUUGCCAAUUUACCUCGAAGUCAUCAAAUCAUAGCUACAGCACGUUAAAAUGAGAGCCAUUCAGUUUGUCAUCAUUUGCAGCACUAUAACUGACAUGGAUCUCUACAACAUGCUGCAUUGCGUUAAUGUGGUGCAGUAACAUUAAAUGCACAAUUAAAAGUAGAGUUAAAUGAAUGUGCAAUAAAUUUUUGCUGUUAUGUCUGUGAUAUAGAAAAAAGACAUGAAAUAAUAAUAAUAUAAGUGAGAUGUGGGGUUUUAGCUGAGAAGGCAUGAUUUCAAAUAAUGUGCUGAAUCUAAGUUCUAAGAGUUUCUGUAGUGUUUUAAACUAGAUAGUGAAUUUACUGACAAAUUGUUGUUGUUGUUGUUUUUUUUUUGUUUCUUUCAUUUUUUUUUUUGUCAAAACACAAACACAGAAACACGAUAAAGUUACUCAUAGGUUUUAUAUAAUAAUUUCAACAAGUCUUCCAGAGUUGAUGAUAAAGAAUAUCCACGCCCUGAGUCAUUCCUGUGAAUCAUUAACGUGCAAUCUUGGUGAAGAGGACGGAGCUGUUUUACAUGUUUUGAUUAUAGAAAUCAGGUCAAAUGUUGUAAUAGCUGUUUGGCAAUGAAAUGAGAAAUAGGUGUACUAAGGUGAACAGGAAGAUCACAUGGCUCACCUGUGCUCUAAUGCGGUGCUGACAUGGUAGACCUAAAGUUAAUCAUUUGAAAACACAAUAUAAUUUUUGGGUUUUUCUAUGUAUAUAUUAUUGGUGGGUCUGCCUUAAAAUAUAAAGCGUCUUGAGGUGAUUGUUGUUGUGAUUUGGGGCUGUAUAAAUAAAAUUGAAUUGAAAAUUGAAUUGAAUUGAAAAUGGUCAAAGCAUACCAUCAGAGCAGCCUGUUAUUAGUACUUGUAGAGUGCUCCAAUAGAAUCCCCAUUAACUUAAGAAAAACUAGUCAUCCUCUAGUAUAGAAUUGAAGGAUAUCCGUCUUCUUCCAGAAGCACAUUGCUUUAUUCUUUGAAGUCAACCUUCAUGUCUGCUUGUUUUUGCAUUGUCAUCAUGAUGCUGAAGCACCAUGUCUUUAUUUUAGGGCUUUAUGUUAAUAUACAACCGUUUUCUAUCAAUAAUUACAAAUGUCAUGCUCAUUGUUUGCAGUAUGACAUGACUAGUGGGUUUAAUUUUUUUCUAAAUAAAUGAUGUAAAAUCUAAAAAAUAUAUUAUCUCUCUUUAUGGUGUUGAAAUUAAUAAAAAAAAUGAAUAGUGCAUUUACUAAUUUCAGGUAACUUGUUGCUGCUCUCUAAAUCGAUACAUAGUUCAAAAUUUGGUAUAGACACAUUAUGAGGGAUUCCUUGACUCGGUUCAAAAUGGAACCAAACCAAAUGCAAAAGCAAUAUAAACAGUAUGUGUUGCACUUAUAAGUUAACUAAUAGCUUGUACAAAUUACUUUAGGCCUGUCAACAAAGCAUAUGUUUUUAUGUAAACAUCUAGUCUUGAACAUUAAAUUGUAAUCACUAUGUUUCUCCUUAGUGCUGAGCAGGUAAACCCAGUUUCAUAUGAAAAAGAAAAUAAACAAUCCAAAUAAAGUCUGACAAAGAUUUUUGUGAAAUA